AUGUCGGCCAGGUACCCGCACCUGGACCUAUGUGAGGUCAGCAGUACCAGCAGCUCGACCAACAGCAGCGUCCAUCACGGCGAGGGAGUCCUGUGGCGUUUCCUGCCGCUGGCUGACCCGUCUGUGGAGCUGUUCAUCAGUCGCGACCUCGACUCCCUCCUGGGACAGAGAGAGAGCGACGCAGUACAGGAGUGGAUCAAGUCCGGUAAAACCAUUCACGUGAUGAGAGACCACCCUCUUCACUCCGUCAGCAUUCUGGCAGGCGCCUGGGGAGCCCGAAACCACCGCUCUGACAUCUAUCGACCGCUGCGAGAACGCCUGGUGACUGUCACUGACACCGCAGCGCUGGUGCCCGGCGAGGACCAGCUCCGCCUCGAGAAGUUCGUGUACGGUCCUGCUGUGGAGCGAGAUGAUGUUUUGGAGCACGACAGCUACUUCUGUGGCCUGUUCGGGCCUUCACGACCCUUUCCUAGUCGUAGAUAUCUAAGCACGUACCCGCACUUUGUUGGUGAUCGGGUAAUGUUUCGAGACUACGUGAAGGAGAUGCGGACGAAUGAAAACUGGCUGUUUUAUAUUCGAAAGUGCCCGGAGAAGUGCCGUCCGAGUAGUCACCUGGACUGGCUGUGGUGCUAGGAGUGCGGAGCUAUAUGUGCUGAUUAGAAGUAGAGCUGAAGCUGGUGAGAUUAGAGUGGGCGGGGCAGGGAUGGCUGUGCCUACGCCCUACAUAGGUACAUGAAGGCAUUACGCUUAACAUUUAUCGGGUGGAACAGGACGGAAGCCUCUGUAAUAAUAAUGCUCUAAAUGAAUCAUAGCUAGAUAUCCAGGGCUACUGUGAUACUUAUGGCGCUGUGGCCUGUGACGCUUAAGAUGCUGAGGCUGAGCUGGAUGUAAGCGGCUUACUGUAAGCCCGU